AGAAAUGAAUUAUGUGAAAGAAUAUGAUUCAAUGAAUGAAUGCACAUUUUAUUAUGUUUGGAUCGUUAUUUGGCUUUCAAAAAAUAAUAACUAAACGAAGCUCUUUGAAACGAAGGGAAACUUUGGUCAGAGGCCUAUCACAAAGAGCCCAAUCGGCUGAGAGGUGAACUGGGCUGAACCUUGAUCGUAAUGUUUCAGGACUCAUAUUCGGCCUUGGUAUUGUAGCGAUUGCCCGACCCGGAUACGGCACCUCUGCAGCUCUGCGCACCGUGGGGGCGCUGGACAAGAACAGAAGGAACACCAUAGCAAAGAAAGACAGAGAGAGAGAGAGAGUAAAGGCGGGCAUGACGGAGACAAGCCCAAGGAGACUAAAGGGUCACAAGGCCACCGCUACAUGCUGCAUCCCCUCACGUGACAGGCCAGGCCUCAUCCUCACUUCCGGCGAGGAUGGCUGUGUUUGCUGGUUCGAUAUGCGAUGCAAAGGUGUGGUGUACACUAUGGAAGUUGGGAAGGAAGCUAUAUCAUCUUUAUGUUUCAAGUCAGGAAAUGAAAAUAUUGUAUAUGUUUCCUUGGGGAAGGAGGUGAAGGGCUUUGAUGUGCAUCUGGCAACUUCAUGGAAGCCACUGGAGACCUAUAAUUAUAAUAAAGAGGAGAUAAAUCAGAUUGCUUGCAACUUCAAGUCUUCAUUUCUUGCUGCUGCAGAUGAUGGCGGUGAUGUUAAGAUUAUAGACAUUCACCAGAAAUGCCUCUAUAAAACAUUGAGAGCUGGCCAUACAAGUAUCUGCAGCAGUUUGCAAUUCCUUCCAUGGCGACCUUGGGAAGUUAUUACUGGAGGUCUCGAUUCCAAGCUUGUGAUGUGGGACUUUUCAAAAGGGCGCCCAUUGAAAAUUGUGGAUUUUGGUUUGAAUGAUAGCAAUGGUGGACAAUGCUUGAAUCCUGCUUUUGUCCAUGCAAUAGCAGUUCCGGAUAUAGAUAUGUUAAACAAAUCAGAGAAGAUUUGUGCUGUAGCAAGGGGUGAUGGUGUUGUUGAUGUGAUUAAUAUCGAAUCAGAACUUGCAAUUAUGAAGUCAAAAACAUCUAUAAAAUCCCAUAAAGGAUCUCAUACUAGGUCAAAAGACAGUAGUCCAACAUGCAAUAUGGAAUCCCCAGAUCAAAAUGGAAGAAAAAGAGUACAUUUGGAUUACUCAUUGGGAGGUCAUACUGCUGCAGUGUCUUGUGUGUCAUUUUCGCUAUUUGGGGAGAGAGGAAAGUUCAUAAUUUCAGGUGGAAAUGAUAAGUCAGUAAAGGUCUGGGAUUGGUCCAGAUUUUUUGAUGCAGAACAAACCAAUGGCAGUACUGAUCUUUUACGAUCAAACAUCAAUUUGAGCAAGAAAGUCAAUUGGCUUUGUACCACUCCAACUGAAACAGAAAACCUUGUUGUUUGUGACACAACCAAAGUAGUAAAGGUCUAUUCUGUUUUUGAAGAAGCCACUCGGCCAAUUAGCCUGCAUGUGCUUUCUUUUUCAGAAAACCCAGAUUCAGAAGCAGAGGGAGAGAGGGAAACCCUGUUCAGGAAAGCCGAAAUACUCAAAAUGAUGGAAUCUGGGGUUCCUGUUUGCAACACAUGUGGUGAACAAGUGGAGUUUGAUGCCAAUGGGGAGGUUUUUGUGGCUUGUCGUCAGUGCCAUUUUCCCAUUUGCAGGGAUUGUCUCAACUACGAACUCAAGGAGGGACGUAAAGUUUGCCUCCGGUGUGGCACUCCCUAUGGUGAGAGCUCUCUGGCUGAUGAGAAAACAGAGGGAUCAGGCAAUCAUUCCACAAUGGCAUCUCACCUCAAUGAACCUCAGCAUCUUGGAAUUCAUGCUAGACAUGUCAGUAGUGUGUCUACAGUGGAUAGUGAACUAAAUGAUGAAUCGGGGAAUCCAAUUUGGAAGAACAGAGUUGAGAGUUGGAAAGAUAAGAAAAACAAGAAGAAAAAGCCUGCAACUAAGACUGAAAAAGAGCCAGAAAAAGUGGCUCAAGUUCCAACCGAGCAGCAGAUGGAAGAGAAUCUGUCUCCAGAGGCUGCAGAACCAUUAUCAACUAUCAUUCCACUUUCACCUAACAAAAUUACACCAUACAGGGCUGUGAUAAUUAUACGGUUGAUUAUUCUGGCCCUCUUUUUCCAUUACCGUGUAACAAAUCCUGUUGAUAGUGCUUAUGGUCUAUGGAUUACUUCAGUCAUAUGUGAGAUCUGGUUUGCGUUUUCUUGGGUGCUGGAUCAGUUUCCUAAAUGGUGUCCUAUUAAUAGGGAGACAUAUGUUGACAGGCUAUCAGCAAGGUAUGAAAGAGAAGGUGAACCAUCUGAGCUUGCAGCCGUGGAUUUUUUUGUGAGUACAGUUGAUCCAUUGAAAGAACCACCGCUGAUCACUGCCAAUACAAUUCUUUCCAUCCUGGCUGUGGACUACCCCGUGGAAAUGGUCUCCUGCUAUGUGUCUGAUGAUGGUGCUGCCAUGCUUACCUUUGAAUCUCUAGUUGAAACAGCUGAUUUUGCAAGGAAAUGGGUCCCUUUUUGCAAGAAAUUUUCAAUAGAACCACGUGCUCCUGAAUUUUACUUCUCACAGAAGAUUGACUACUUGAAGGAUAAAAUUCAACCUUCUUUUGUGAAGGAACGCCGAGCAAUGAAAAGAGAUUAUGAAGAGUUCAAAGUGCGAGUUAAUGCUUUAGUAGCGAAGGCUCAGAAAACACCAGAGGAAGGCUGGACCAUGCAAGAUGGAACACCUUGGCCAGGGAAUAACCCACGCGAUCACCCUGGCAUGAUUCAGGUUUUCCUCGGAAGUACUGGUGCUCAAGACAUAGAGGGAAAUGAACUUCCUCGACUGGUCUAUGUCUCCAGAGAGAAAAGACCAGGGUACCAACACCACAAGAAAGCUGGUGCUGAAAAUGCUCUGGUGAGGGUGUCUGCUGUUCUUACUAAUGCUCCAUACAUCCUUAAUCUUGAUUGUGAUCACUAUGUGAACAAUAGCAAGGCUAUUCGUGAGGCUAUGUGCUUCUUCAUGGACCCACAAGUUGGUAAAGAUGUAUGCUAUGUUCAGUUCCCUCAGAGGUUUGAUGGAAUUGACCGCAGUGAUCGAUAUGCCAAUAGGAAUAUAGUUUUCUUUGAUGUUAACAUGAAAGGACUUGAUGGCAUUCAAGGCCCUGUAUAUGUGGGAACAGGUUGUGUUUUCAAUAGGCAAGCACUUUACGGUUAUGGACCUCCAAAUUUGCCAACUUUAAAGAAGCCUUCGUCAUCCUGCCCUUGGUGUGGUUGCUGCUCUUGUUGCUGCCCUUCUAAGAAGCCUACUAAAGAUCUCACAGAGGCUUACCGAGACGCCAAACGUGAAGAGCUCGAUGCUGCCAUUUUUAACCUCAAAGAAAUUGAAAAUUAUGACGAGCAUGAGAGGUCAAUGUUGAUAUCUCAGACAAGCUUUGAGAAAACUUUUGGCUUAUCAUCCGUAUUCAUUGAGUCCACUCUAAUGGAGUACGGAGGAGUGCCUGAUUCUGUCAACCCUUCCACAUUGAUCAAGGAGGCAAUUCAUGUCAUUGGUUGUGGUUAUGAAGAGAAGACUGAAUGGGGAAAAGAAAUUGGUUGGAUAUACGGGUCAGUGACAGAGGAUAUUCUAACGGGCUUCAAGAUGCACUGCCGUGGAUGGAGAUCAAUUUACUGCAUGCCAGUAAGGCCUGCAUUCAAAGGUUCAGCACCCAUUAACCUUUCAGAUCGUCUGCACCAAGUUCUCAGGUGGGCACUUGGAUCUGUGGAGAUUUUCCUCAGCAGACAUUGUCCCCUUUGGUAUGGCUUUGCAGGUGGUCGCCUCAAAUGGCUUCAACGAAUGGCAUACAUAAACACCAUUGUUUAUCCAUUUACAUCUUUACCUCUCAUUGCUUAUUGUACAUUGCCUGCUAUUUGCCUUCUCACUGGAAAAUUCAUCAUUCCAACGCUUUCAAACCUGGCAAGUUUGUUGUUUCUUGGCCUUUUCCUCUCCAUCAUUGUAACAAGUGUGCUUGAGUUGCGUUGGAGCGGUGUUGGUAUCGAAGACUUGUGGCGUAACGAGCAGUUCUGGGUGAUUGGAGGCGUUUCAGCUCAUCUUUUUGCUGUCUUUCAAGGGUUUUUGAAAAUGCUGGCUGGUAUUGAUACCAACUUCACUGUCACCGCCAAAGCAGCCGAUGAUGCAGAGUUUGGCGAGCUCUACAUUAUAAAGUGGACCACAGUUUUGAUUCCUCCAACAACCCUCCUCAUCAUCAACAUGGUGGGUGUAGUUGCUGGAUUUUCUGAUGCACUAAACAAAGGAUAUGAAGCUUGGGGUCCACUCUUUGGCAAGGUUUUCUUUGCCUUCUGGGUGAUUCUUCAUCUUUACCCAUUCCUCAAGGGUCUCAUGGGUCGCCAAAACAGAACUCCCACCAUCGUUGUUCUUUGGUCUGUGCUUUUGGCCUCUGUUUUCUCUCUUGUAUGGGUCAAGAUUAAUCCAUUCGUAAGCAAAGUAGACAGCGCAACCAUUGCUCAGAGCUGCAUUUCCAUAGAUUGUUGAGACAUCAUAAUCAUGACAAAGUGGAUGAAAAUUUUAUACCACCACAUUUUCAGUUCCAUAUGGACUGCUUUGUUGGUAUUUCUAGUUAGUUUAGAAACAUAUCUGUAAUGAUUUUCCUUUGGGAUUUUUUUUUUUUUUUUUUGGGGGAACAGUGAGUGUGGAAAGGUUAAAGCAAUACUAAAAAGCAAUAUGGAUGUAAACAUUGGGUAUCAAUUUUUUUGCUUUCGCUAUAAAAUCAAAGUGUUGGAAGAAUGAAUUGGCUUCGCUACUGUAUGUUUCUUGUCGAAAAUGGUUGCUUGAAAAGUAAUGGUUAGCUUGUCACUUUCGUUAUUUCCAUA